GCUGGACUGACGUCAGUGGGCGGCUCGCAGCCUUCGCUGGUACUGGGCCUCUUCUCAGAUCCCUAGUUGCUGGGAGCCAGGGUGAGUCCGUUGCCGAUUCCCGCCUCCCAGCUCAGAUUGGCUAGGUUAGCCGCUUAGUUCGCCUGGUUGACGCCUCCGGCGGAACAAACGGCUCUGCGCUGUCCUCUGGGUGAGUAUCCGGCGGGUGUGCCGGUGGCGAGAGCCGAGACCGGCCUAGGCCUCGCGGAGAUUGCCGGGUGCCCCACCGGCUGAGGAUGCGAACUCUGAGGAUCCUGAUUGAGUCAUUGCUUUAUGUAAUUUUUCAAUGCUUGUCACAGAGUUAAGUAAUGCCAACUGUUGAGAGUGAAGCCAAGGUAAAAACCAAAGUUCGCUUUGAAGAAUUGUUUAAGACCCACAAUGAUCUAAUACGUCAAAGGAAAAAACUGAAGAAAAAACUUAGAGAAAACAUCUCACUUGACACUGAUAAAAGCAACUGGCAGAGUAUUAAAGAAGCUAAAAGUGAUCACGAAAGCAGUGCUAGCCCUAAUAAGCCAGAGAAGAGUGUGGGUGUCACUAAAAACAAGCUGAGGAGUACACAGUCAACAACUGAAGAUCCAGAUGAUGGUGUUAGUGGAGAGAAAAACAAGGAAGGGAAGUCAAACAAAAAAGUUCCAAAGGCUGCACAAGAAAUGGAACCAGAAACUUCUGAGAAGACAGAUUCCACGUAUCAGAAAGCACAAACAAAGUCACAGUCAGGUGUUGAUUAUCAGAAUAAUGGGAAGGCAAAUGAUGGGAGAGGAAAUAAUCAUUUAUUAAAAGGGGAAGAAGAACUAUUGCAAGCCUUUCAGCUCCAGGCAGCUGAAGAGAUGGCAAAGGAGAUUAAGAAGAAAAUAAGAAGGAAACUAAAUGAGCAGUUCACUAACUUUUCUUCAGAUGCUUUAUUGCCUGAUGACAAAUUGAGCAGUGAUAAAAGGAAAAAGAAAAAAAAGGAAGUUCCGCUCCUGUCCAAAGCUGAAACAAGCACAUUGACUGUCUCUGAUGAUUCAGUGGAAGGUGAACAAAAGAAGGAAUCUCCAGUUGGAGCUAUUACUCCAUAUUCUCACCAGGAUGGUGAAAUGAGCUCAGUGGAACAGAACGUUGAUGACAACAUGGCAGAGAACACAAAAUCCAAACCAAAAAAAACAAAAAAGAAGGCUAAAGCAGUUUCAGAUAAUAAUGAAGAAAUUGAUAGAGAUGGUGUUCAUGAAGUAACAAAUGAAGAUAGUCUAGUUUAUCCCAAAAGUUUGAUUGAUGAUGUCCUUGUCUUGGGAGUUUAUAUUCACCGAACUGAUCGACUUAAGUCAGAUUUAAUGAUUUCUCACCCAAUGGUAAAAAUUCAUGUGGUUGAUGAGAAAACUGGUCAGUAUGUCAAGAAAGAUGACAGUGAGCGUCCUGUGUCAUCUUACUAUGAAAAAGAGAAUGUGGAUUAUAUUCUUCCUAUCAUGACACAGCCGUAUGAUUUUAAACAGUUAACAUCAAGACUUCCAGAGUGGGAAGAACAAAUUAUAUUUAAUGAAAAAUUUCCCUAUUUGCUUCAAGAUUUUGAUGAAGGUCCAAAGGUGAUCCUUUUCUUUGAGAUUCUUGAUUUUUUAAGCAUGAAUGAAGUAAAGAGUUACGCUGAAGCCCGAAACCAAGAAUGUGGCUUUAGGAAAAUUGCCUGGGCCUUUCUUAAGCUUCUGGGAGCCAACGGAAAUGCAAAUAUCAAUUCAAAACUUCGCUUGCAGUUGUACUACCCACCUACUAAGCCUCGAUCUCAGUUAAAUGUCAUUGAGGUUUUCGAAUGGUGGUCCAAAUGUCCAAGAAAUCGUUAUCCAUCAACAUUGUAUGUAACUAUACGAGGACUGAAAGUUCCAGAUGGUAUAAAGCCCUCUUACCAGUCUAUGAUGGCUCUUCAGGAAGAGAAACCAGAACAUUAUGAACAUCACCGUGAGUCAACUUCAGUAGACACAGAGCCUGGAUUAGAAGAUUCAAAGGAAAUAGUAGAGUGGAAACGACUACCUGGACAGGCUUGCCGUAUCCCAAACAAGCACCUCUUCUCACUAAAUGCAGGAGAACGAGGAUGUUUUUGUCUUGAUUUCUCCCAUAAUGGAAGGAUAUUAGCUGCAGCCUGUGCCAGCCGGGAUGGAUAUCCAAUUAUAUUAUAUGAAAUUCCUUCUGGACGUUUCAUGAGAGAAUUGUGUGGCCACCUCAAUAUCAUUUAUGACCUUUCCUGGUCAAAAGAUGAUCGCUAUAUCCUGACUUCAUCAUCUGAUGGCACUGCCAGGAUAUGGAAAAAUGAAAUAAAUAGUACAAAUACUUUCAGAGUUUUGCCUCAUCCUGCUUUUGUUUACACGGCUAAAUUCCAUCCAGCUGUAGGAGAGCUGGUAGUUACAGGAUGCUAUGAUUCUGUGAUACGGAUAUGGAAAGUUGAUAUGAGAGAAUGCUCUGCUGUAUUGGUCCAACAGUUUGAUGCUCACAAGAGUUUUAUCAACUCUCUCUGUUUUGAUGCUGAAGGUCAUCACAUGUAUUCAGGAGAUUGCACAGGAGUGAUUAUUGUGUGGAACACUUAUGUCAAUGUUAAUGAUUUGCAACACUCAGUGUGCCACUGGACUAUAAAUAAGGAAAUUAAAGAAGCUGAAUUUAGGGGGACUCCAAUAAGUUAUUUGGAGGUUCAUCCCAAUGGAAAACGUUUGUUAAUUCAUACCAAAGAUAGUACUUUGAGAAUUAUGGAUCUUCGAAUAUUAGCAGCAAGGAAAUUUCUAGGUGCAGCAAAUUAUCGGGAGAAGAUUCACAGUACUUUGACGCCAUGUGGGACUUUCCUCUUUGCUGGAAGUGAAGAUGGCAGAGUUUAUGUUUGGAACCCAGAAACAGGGGAACAAGUAGCAGUGUAUUCUGACCUGCCAUUCAAGUCACCCAUUCGAGACAUUUCUUAUCAUCCUUUUGAAAAUAUGGUUGCAUUUUGUGCAUUUGGGCAGAAUGAGCCAGUUCUUCUUUAUAUUUAUGAUUUCAGUGUGACCCAGCAGAAAGGUGACAUAUUCAGAUGCUACAGUGCAACAUUGCCAUCACCUGGAAAACACCAAAUUCAAGAUGCUCUGUGUACCUGUCCUAAACUACCUCAUCAAGGCUCUUCUCAGAUUGGUGAAUUUGUAUACACUGAUAAUUCUUCCACAAAGAUGCAGAUAGUAAAACAGAGACUCGAAACUGUCACAGUCAACAAAAAUCUCAUGCUUACUUCACCACCUCCAGCCUCCUCACAACAGUCUAAGUUACAACAGUCAAACAUGCUGACCGCUGAUGAGAUGCUACAUCAGUUUGGUUUCACUCAGACCGGGAAUAUCAGCAUGGAAAGAAGGCCUUGUAACCAUCAGAUAGAUUCAGCUCCAACGGUAGUGGCUCUUUAUGACUACACAGCAAGCCGAUCAGAUGAACUAACCAUCCAUCGUGGAGACAUUAUCCGAGUGUUUUUCAAAGAUAAUGAAGACUGGUGGUAUGGCAGCAUAGGAAAGGGACAGGAAGGCUAUUUUCCAGCUAAUCAUGUGGCUAGUGAAACACUGUAUCAGGAACUGCCUCCAGAGAUAAAGAAGCGAUCCCCUCCUUUAACCCCCGAGGAAAAAUCCAAAACAGAAAAUCCUUUAGCUCCUCAAAAGGAGGAGUUGCUGUCUUUGCCAUUGCCUGUCAAAGUUUGUCUCCAGUUUCUUCAGGCUCCUAGAACAGACUCUUCAGCCUUCUGACAGAUUCACACUGGACUCCGCAGUAAGCUUCAGACCUGCUACCUCCAACUGGAUCCUCUGGUCUCCCAUCAUGCAGAUGACCAUUUCCACCCCUGAUUCUGCAGGUGGCCAUUGUAAGCCCACUAAGUAAAUCCUUUAUAUGAACACAUACCCACAAACACACACACACACUUUAUUAAAAUGUGUUCCUCUAGUGAACUCUCUUAACUGAUACAGACACCAAGGACACAGUCAACCUUGGGGGAAGCAAGAAAUUUUCUAUCAGAAAGCCAGGUUGGGGCUGGAGAUUUAGCUCAGUGAUGCCACCGCCUGCCUUGCAAGCACAAGGUCCCAAGCUCAAUUCCCAGUACCAAAAAUAAGAAAGCCAGGUUGAUAGCUAAAUCUUGACUUAGAGCAGUGGCUCUAAAUUGAUGGUGAUUUUGCCUCUCAGGAGAUACUUGGCAGUGUUUGGACAUUUUUAUUGCCUCAGCUACAAGGACAGAGAUCCUACUGCGUCCAAAUGGAUUUUGCUUAGCCACCUAGAUGCAAAAGACAGCCUUCUCAACAAAAUAUCAUCUAGCAAAAUGUACCAACAGUGCCAAUUUAAAGUAGUACCCCUCUAAGAUAAGUGCAUGGGGAUACAGACAGGUAGAAAUCUAGAAAUUUAAGGAUAUCUUUAUGUUCUCCAAAACAAAAAAGCACAGCUCACUACCAAUGUAGGUGAGGGGCAAAUGAUGAAAUACGAACUAAAGCAAAAGAGAGACCAUGUGAAUACUUUUAAAGAAAGUAGGAGCAGGAGCACAUUUGGGACAAGUAAGAGAUUCCUCAGUAGUUCUGGAAGCUGUGGUCUGGAUACCACAAACUUUGUAGUUGGAUUUUUUUUCCUCAAUAGUGCUUGGCAUCUAGAAAAGGCAGUUUUGGUUUGCUUAUAUAAUUGGAGGUGUGUGUGUGUGUGUGUGUGUGUGUGUGUGUGUGUGUGUGUGUGUGUUUGUGGGUAUAUAUUAGAAGAACAAGAAGUCAGUAACCUUGAUUAGAGACUCAUUGGAGUGAUACACUAUAGAGGAUCAGCCAGAUUGCUGAGUUUGGAAAAUUGAGAAAGACUGGCAGACUUAGAAAGCCAAGUUCUCUACAAGGUUACAGUAAGCUACCCUAACUUGGGUGGAAGCACAGAGGCAUACAAUAAAGGAGUUAGUAAGCUGAGACUACUAUAGCAUGUAAGGCCAGAAAUUUACUCAAUACUCCAUAAAGUAUGUAUAAGAACUGAGUGAAAUUGAAGGACACAUUAGAAUUGAGCUGACCACGGAACUAGAAAUUGGUAUUUCCCUUCAUCUUCUGAUAUGUCUGUGUUUUUAGGAUGAGGACCUCCUACUUGCUUCCAAGACCCCCAUGUUCUUACUGUCUGUUUCUCUCCUCUACUUAGAUGGACUCACUGCAUCCUUGGUCAAAGUUUUUUUUUUAACUUUGUGUGGCUUUUCCCUUAUAGACUGUUCUUGUUGCUUUAGAGGUACCUUUAUAUUCAUCUCCUAACAGAUAAGUUCUUCCAAUAGCCCAUUUGACCCCAGAGGUCUACUCCAGGCUAAUCCUACUGGUACAUAACUCUAUUUUAACAAUCCUCACAGAAUUUAUACAUAUGCAAAAUAAAAUACUUUUUGAAAAUGAAAUAGGACUAGGCCAGAAGGUAACUCACUAGUAACUCACCUGGUUUGAUCCCCAACACAGUAAAAAAUAGUAAUAAAAUUAAGUAAAGCAAAAGUGUUACAGAGAAUAAAAAUCUAUUUGGUUAAAUGAAAAGUUCUCAUGAAGGAGAUAGAGCUUUAAUUGGGCUCCUCUCUCCUCAGGUACAGGGAAUUGAACCUGAACUACAUCUCCAGCCUAAAGACUGUGAUUUGAUCUCCUUUAUCAGAACCCAUGUUUUGGAGUAAGGGGCUGAGCAUAUAGCUCAGUGAUAGAACACUUGUCUGUCAUGCCCAAGACCUUGGAUUCUAUCCAUAAUGCCACUAGAAUAAUAAUGAAUGAAAUGCUGCAUAUAUUUUUCUUCCUAGGAAUGCACUAUGUAAUUAUUAGACAAUGUUUACUUCCCUGAGGGAGAAAGUAUAAGGAAUACUCUGUGCUUAAAGAGAAGUCCCUGAGAAACAUGUUGCCCCAAGCAAUUAAAAUGCUCUGGGUACACUGAAUCAUGAAGCUAACAGUCAACCAUUGGGAAAUGUGAGACUGAGCAUCCUUAGCACCUGGCUAAUUGCAUUUCUUAAGUUUAGUUCCUGUAUCAAAGUAUAGAUGGUUUGAUUUUAUCAAGAUCCUGUCUUAUAAACCUACCACA